AUGCAGUAUCAAUGGCCACACCAGCGCCCUGGCACCUCCUCACCAGCCUGGUCACCUCUGGAGUCCCAAUCUCAGGACAGCAGCUCAGAAAUAUCAAUGAUGAUGCCCAUGACCUUCUACUUUGACUACAAGAACGUGGAUCUGCUGUUUGCGUGGUUAGUGAUGGCUGCAGCUAUGGUCCUGGCUUUCGUGGCUGUGAUUUUGCUAGCCAGGGGCUACAUAGCGCUCAAGAGAGCUCGCCAGGAGUUCUGUCCCCAGUCCUUGCUUUUCCCGAGAUCAAAUGGAACCUGCCCCACAGAGAAGCCCCAAAGCACCAGGCAGCAGCUGCCGAGCACUGGUCAUUUGCAGACGGCUCUCUCUGCAUGUGCACCAGGUGGUCCUGAGCUUCCUGCUGAUGCUGAUCGCAGUGUCUUACAAUGCCUACCUCGGCCUGCCCAUGCUUGCCAGGCCAGUACCAGGCACUGGCUCUUCCUUUGGAAGAAGGCAGAGCAGGCGGAGUCACAGAAUCAUGACAUGAACCUGGUGUUGCUCUAUGACCCCCCCCCUGGACGAAUGAGCCCUCAAGUUCCUGGUCUCUCCAUUGUUCUCUUGAUGCCUCUGGAUCGCAGCGACUCUAAUGAGCUUGACAGAUACUGA